AUGGAUGCUCAGAGUUUGCAGCGACAGAUCCGUCACUUUGCCACAUCUUACCCUUCAAUACAUUUAAAUUGGGGUCUAUCUGCCCAAUUUCCACUUGCAACAUGGAGCUCCUUGAAGUCGUUGUUCCUAGAGGAUGCCGACGUGAAGAAGUUACGAAUUGUUGCGGAUCAUGUUGGCAAUAUAGUGCCAAGUGACAUCGCCAGCCCCAUAUUCAAAGACUUUCUUGAAAUGGUUCGCGUUGGCAGAUUGAAUGUUAAAAUAUCGGCCCUUUAUCGCAGGUGUGGAGAGGACAUUUCGAAGAUGAAGUCUAUUGUCCAGAGGAUUGCCGAUACUGCGCCAUCUGCGCUCAUCUGGGGGAGUGACUGGCCUCAUGUUGAUGCAUCUCAAGUAAAAUCCACAGAGGUGCCACCCACGGCAGAUAUCAAGCGAGAGCUCUCCGAACUGCAGGAUUGGUUAUCCAAGGAUCAAUUCCGGAAGAUGCUGGUGGACAACCCACAGCGCCUCUUCGGAGCUUGA